AUGCUCUACCUUAUCGGAUUGGGUCUUUCGCACGAAUCAGACAUCACUGUUCGUGGUCUUGAAACUGUUAAAAAAUGUAAGAGAGUCUAUUUGGAAGCCUACACCUCAAUCCUUAUGGCAGCAGACCAAUCGUCUUUGGAGAAGUUCUAUGGCAAGGAGAUUAUACUUGCUGAUCGUGAACUAGUUGAGACUGGUGCAGACUCAAUUUUGGAAGGCGCAGACAAAGACGACAUCGCUUUUUUGGUUGUGGGUGAUGUCUUUGGUGCAACUACCCACACCGACUUGGUGCUUAGAGCCAAGGAGUUGGGCAUUCCCUACGAGUCUAUUCACAACGCCAGUGUGAUGAAUGCAGUCGGCGCAUGUGGAUUGCAAUUGUAUCAAUUCGGACAGACUGUUUCUCUUGUCUUCUUCACCGAUUCCUGGAAGCCAGACUCGUUCUACUCAAAAGUCAUGGAGAACAGAAAAAUCGGUUUGCACACUUUGCUAUUGCUAGACAUCAAGGUCAAGGAGCAGAGUAUCGAGAAUAUGGCUAGAGGUAGACUCAUUUACGAGCCUCCUAGAUAUAUGGAUAUUGCUGUAGCAGCUCAACAGUUGCUUGAGAUCGAGGAAACAAAGCAGGAGAAGGCAUACACUCCUGAUACCCCCUGUGUAGCAGUCUCUAGACUCGGAUCGCCAACUCAAACUUUUAAAGCCGGUUCUUUGAAGCAAAUGGCCGAGUACGAUGCUGGUGAGCCUUUGCACUCCUUGAUUAUGUUGGGAAGACAAGUUCACGACCUUGAGUUGGAGUACCUCUACCAAUUCGUAGACAACAAGGAUGAAUUCAAGAAACUUGUUGAAGCUGACCAAGAGUACUUCAAGCCACCAGCUUGGGUUCCACCUGAGGAAGAUGACAUGAGCGAUUAA